AUGGGCAAGCGCACGGGGGUGAUAGCAGCGGCGCUGGGGCUGCAGGAGAGGGAGGUGGUGGUGGCGGAGAGCGACGCCACGCUCUACAUCGACGCCCCGGGGGCGCCCAAGACGCUUGUGGGCCAUGGCCGCCUCUACCUCACCCCUCUCGCCCUUUACUUCCAGGCGGACGCCACGGGCUUCCUGCGCACGGUGGCGGGGAGGGUGGAGCGCUUUGACCUGGCAGCUGUGGGGGCGGAGGCGGCGGUGGCAGAGGUGGCGCCGGACGCGCUGGCGCUCAACGUCUUCUCCAUGACGCGCUCCCUUGCCCUCUCCUCCCGCCUGUGCGCUCCCUCGCCCUCUCCUCCUCCCUGUGCGCCCUGCUCGCUCGCUCUUUCUUCCCGCCUCUCUGCUCCCAUUCUUCCCGUCGCACUCCCGCUUCUGCCCAACGCCCCAUGCUCAUCCCAUGGCCCUCCCAUCCCCCAUGCACCACACUUCUCCUCAUCAAGUCCCCCAUGCUGCUCUCCUUGUCAAGGGACCUCCCUGCCACCUGCAAUCCGUGUGCACGUGGUGCUGUGA